GUACGGUCACGUCCUGUGAAGUUCUAAAAUGGCGUCGGUUUGUUGGUAAAAACAGGUGAAUGCCCGCCAGAAGAUGCGGACGACAGGACUAUGCCGGACGACACUCCAAGAAACAAAAACGUCGUCAGUUACAUGACGUCCUUCUAGAUCUACGAACCAAUUCUCGGGCGUAUUUGUGACGUUCUUUGGUGAGAAAAUGAGCGGAGAUCGAGGGAGCAGUCUACCGUGGAGUUGGCAGCAGGUGUCGAGCUGCCCCCUAGCGGCCCGGGUGUCGCACACAUGCAGCGUGGUGCGAGGCAAGCUGGUCAUUUUUGGCGGCACUACAGUGGCGCAGUCCAAGGAACCUCUGAACGACGUCGUGGUCUUUGAUCCAGUAGCAGGUUGGGAGAAAGUCAGAUGUAAAACUGAAGGUCCAGCCAGAAGCCACCACACUGCAGUCGCCAUCUUGGAUCGCUACGUCUGCGUGGUCGGUGGCUGGGACGGCAAACAGCGAACGUCCGCCGUGUCGCUACUCGACACGGAAUCCUUCUCGUGGUCUGACCUCCGACCUGGCCCUGCAAACGACCCGCCAGUCGGCCUCAGCAGUCACACAUGCACCAAACUGUCAGAGACGGAGAUGAUCGUCGUUGGUCGGGAGGGGGGCGUGAGAAUGCAGCGACGGUUUGGAAGCGUGUUCCACCUAAAGGUGGAUGUGGAGAAAGGACGGUAUGAGUACGGGGAGGCCGCAUAUCAUGCCUCGUCACGAUCGGGCCACACGGCCAGCGUGAUCAAGGUUCCCGGGGAGAAGACCUGUGCCCUGAUGGUGUUUGGGGGAAGGGACUCGGGGGACUACGAAAUCAUUGGAACUUGGAAACCCAGCAAAAUCCAGGUUGAAGAGGCCAGAUGUUCAGAUUUGGAGGCCGGCUUCACCAAACUGGUGGAACAGGGCGUAGCAAAAAAACAGGCGCCCAAAGGAAUCCACCACCACACAGCCACUACCAUUGGUCGAUACGUCGUGUUCUACGGAGGCGAAUGCUUCGCUCGUGCGAGGGAUACCGUAUGCGACGACAUCUUCCUUUUUGACGUUGGGGGAAAGCACGGCGCCUGGUACCACUUAAAGUCAUGGAACGAGAAAAAUUCGCUGAAGCGAUCCGGCCAUGUGACCUGCAUUAUGAAUGGACAGAUGCUAGUGGUUGGGGGUGUAGGUCCGGAUGCUAAAACUCCAUGUGGUGAUAUCUAUGCAUUGCAGAUAAGCUUAACUUAUUCAUACUAGUACUAGUACUGUUAUCUGAGUGGUGGACUGUCUAAUCUGUACUGUUUGCACAUCAGUCCAUCAUUGCUUUUCUUUAUAUUUGUCUGUAGCCAACCGUUGUGCCAACACCAUUCAUAGCCCAUUCCUGCUGUCUCGUCUGUACUGUCCUCUUGCCAGUUACUGCAUCAAAGUUUGACACUGGACAGAAGACACCAGAUGGUUGUCUGAAAUGUCUGACCGUUUCCAAAAUCAUAUCCUGUUGCUUGAGUAACUGCUUUUUGUUGUAUCUUAAUUACCUGGAUGUCUAACCUUCAUCACCGCACCAACUGGCAUGUUUGGUAGUGGACUUAAAACCUAGCUGUUGCUGAAGUGAUUUACCUGCUCUUACAAACUGGUACAUUUUUCAUCGAUUUCUAUCAGAUUUGAUGACAAU